AUGGCAAGCACUCUCGGCAGCCUGCUCGCCCACCUCCGCGGCAUAGCCAUCAUCACGCCGUGGGCCCUCGCCCUGCUCAUCCAGGACCUGCUGCUCUCGCUGCUCCUGCUGUUGAGGCCCUUCAACCCCCUCCUGGCGUACAGGCUCUCCAGCCCCAUCGCGUGGUCCUGCUGGGCCGGCAUCCAGUUCAUCUUCGAGCGGCUCAACGGCGCCCGGAUCGUCGUCUCCGGCGACAAGCUCCCGGCGGGCGAGUCGGCCGUCGUCAUCGCCAACCAUGUCGGCUGGAGCGACUUCUACAUGAUCCAGCACCUGGCCAUGAGGGCCAAGAUGCUCGGGUACUGCAGGUACUUCGCCAAGGCCCAGCUGAAGAAGGUGCCGCUUCUCGGAUGGGGUCUGGUGGCCAUGGGGAUGCCGCUUGUGACCAGGAACUGGCAACAAGACAAGCGCGAGCUAGACCGCGUCUUCUCGGGCAUCACCCAGCACCGCUUCCCAACCUGGCUCAUCUCCUUCAGCGAGGCCACGCGCUUCACGCCGCAGAAGCACCGCGAGAUGCAGGAGUGGUGCGAGGCCACCGGCCGGCCCCAGCCCCGCCACCUGCUCUACCCGCGCACAAAGGGCUUCAUCGCCACGGUGCAGCACGUCCGCGGCGCCGCCCACGUCAAGGCCGUCUACGACCUCACCAUCGCCUACCGCCGCGGCUCCAGGUUUCAGCAGGCCCCGCCGUUCUGGGACACCAUCCGGUCCGGCGGGCUCAGCAGCGGGCCUCGCGGGUACCGGUUUGAGGUAAACCUGCGCCGCUUCGCCAUGGAGGACCUGCCGCUGGAGGAUGGGGAGCUGGCCAAGUGGCUGGAGACGAGGUGGGUUGAGAAGGGGGAGUGGUUGGAGCAGAAGAGGGUCGAGUGGGAGGCCGAGGACGGGGGCAAGUAA